AUGGGGCUCGCGUCCGUUGCGCAGCACAUCCGGGAGGACCAGCCGGCACCAGCAGGCCUGUUGGGUCUCCCCCUGGAGACCAUCGAGUUGAUUUGCCGCGAGCUGCCGACGUGCGAUCUGGCCGCGAUCCGGGGCACCGGCCGGGCAGCCUACCAUGCCACCAACCUCUGCUUUGCCCAGCGUUAUACCGAGUAUCACACGGAUUUCUCCGAGCGAUCGCUGAACCACCUCCAUGCCCUGUCCCAGAACCCGCUCGUGCGACGUCACAUCCGACACCUCGUCGUCCUCACGCCGGAGCCCCGGCUGGGUCAGCAUCUCGACUGGGAAUGGACCGCAGCAGGGCAUCUCCGCCAUCCCCUGGGGAUGUCCCUGAUCCGUCGGUUCCGGGACGAUCUCACGGAUCGCCUGCUCCAAUGUCGAUCGUUCAUUCUCUCGCCCAUCGUGUCCGAGCCCGAAACCAAGCCGCCCGUCACCGAUGGGCCGACCUUCAACCCGGACGAUGUCGCCUGCAUCCUGCUCGACAUCAUCGCCGAGGCGGCGUUGCCCGUCAAGCUCUUCUGGUACGGCAAGGGCAUGAACUACACGUCCCCCGUCAUGGACAUUGCCCGGCUCCCGAAGACCCUCUUCCGGAGCGGGUCCUUCCAAUGCGGCUGGCGCGCCCUGGAGAACCUGCAUCUGGAACUGGAGGUGACGCCCCAGAACUAUACCUUUCUCUUGGACCUGAUCCUCAGCGCCACCUCGCUUCGCAAACUGCAUCUCCGCCUCGGCUACACCGACCUGGCCGUCGAGUUUUUCGAGCAGCUCAGUCGAUCCGUCGAUGUCUUAGCGCACUUGGAACGGAUCUCCAUCUGGGGAUCAUCCAUCCGCACCGGCCAUCUCAUCGACCUCCUCUCGCGGACGCGACCCAAUCUCCAGAAGCUCAGUCUGCGCGGGGUCACGGGCCUGGACCCGCAGUGGUUGUCGUAUCUCGCUCAGAAUCAUCGCCAUUUCCCGCGCCUCGUGUCCAUCGACUUGAGUAUGAUCCACGGUCCCAGUGGCAUGUUCUGCUUUACUCCGGUUCAGUAUCUGCCGCUGCAGCAGAAGAGUAUGUUUGAAUUGGAGACCGAUGUUCACGGGUGGCUUCCCGACCCGGGAGCGGACCGGACUGCUGUCAUUGGUGUCACCUACACGGGUCCGCAUAUUGGAAAGGCCUUGGGGGUGUUGGCGCAGGUAUGUAAUGGAUCCGCGAGGAGUCGUUGAGAUGGCAUUGGAGUUGUGGCGAUAUAUGUACUCGUAUACCCGGACUGUUGACUUUCUGAUUUUAUGCUUGGCAAUCGUUACUGUUGUUUCGCGUGUCGUUAUCGUACAUUAGC